AUGUCCAAGACUCGCCUUGCCUCCCACCCAGCUAAGAACCAGGCUGAGGCCGCCAACCACCGACAGACCCUCCAUCCCACAGGCUGGUCCCGGCGCCCUGGGUCUGGGACGAGACUCCUCCAGGCCCUGCUUGGCUCCCUCUCUCCUGCCCUCCUCCAAGACACACCCAGACCCUUCCAGCUGCUUCUUCACAAGCUCUCCCACCGUCUGCCGAGAAAUAAGCGGAUCGGCUCCCUGCUCACCGCCCCGGGGUGGGGUGGGGGGCUCUGGGAUGACCUCUGGGUCCCUCUGAUGCAGUUCAGCCCCACCCCCACCAUGCCUCUGCUCAAGCACCCCCCCGCCCCGGCCAGCUGCCCUGUGCGGUGCCCCAGGGUCUCCUAG